AUGAAUUAUAAUUCAGCUACUGUUAGUAGCAAUACCAGUUGUACAAUGGAACAACAUUUAAUUGAUAAGUUAAGACUUUUUGUUGAAAACGAAAAAAGUAAUAAUCGAUUAUUACAAUCAAUCAAUACUUUAUGCAACCAACCAUUUUCUCAAAUUUUUAAUGAACUUUUUGAUUGGUUUCAAGCUCAGAGUAAAUGGGACUUAUUGCAAAAAUGUAUAAUUUUGUAUAUAAUCUAUCAAAAGUUUCUGAUUCCAGUAUAUUAUGAAAUUAAAGGCUAUGGUUUGGUAUAUUUUAUUAGACAUACAAUAAUCAGAAAUUUUCUACUAAAGAAUUUAUUUGGUAAAAUCAUCCUAAAAAAUAAAUUGGCUUCGGAAAAAAUCAAUCAAGAGGUUAACAAAGUCAAAAAAGACUUAAGAAAGAGUUUAAUUAAGACAACUCCAGAGCUAACAAAUUACAACAAAUUACCUGCUGUUGGGCUAACCCAAGGUGAAAUUGUUGAGUAUCUAGAUAAAUCAAUCAAACUAUUGCCGCAUUCGGAUUAUGAACAUGGGAAAGUUAGUGGCGCAGUUUAUCACGGUGGUAAAGAAUUAAUUGAUAUACAAACGAUAAGUUUUCAAAAGUACUGUGUUGGCAAUCAAUUGCAUCCCGAUGUGUUCCCGGGUUUAAGAAACAUGGAAGCUGAAGUAGUUUCAAUGGUUUUGCAAAUGUUUCACGCUGAUUAUAGCAAAGGAUUUGUUGGUUCCACUACUUCUGGUGGGACAGAGUCCUUAUUGUUAGCGUGUUUGAGUGCUAAAAUGUACGGAUUAAAGUAUAAAAAUAUUACAGAGCCAGAAAUAAUCAUUCCUAAAACAGCACAUGCUGGGUUCUACAAGGCGGGUUAUUAUUUUAAUAUAAAAAUUAGAGAGGCUAAUAUUGAUCCUGUUACAUAUAAAGUUGAUUUAAAACAUGUUGCAAAUUUAAUCAAUAAAAACACUUGUUUACUUGUCGGCAGUGCACCAAAUUUCCCACACGGUAUAAUUGAUGAUAUCGAAGGCCUAAGUGAAUUGGCUUUGAGAAAUAAUGGGGGUAUCCCAUUACACGUUGAUUGCUGUUUAGGUAGUUUUAUAGUAGCGUAUAUGGAAAAAUGUGGUUUUAGCGUUGGACCCGGGUAUUUUGAUUUUAGAGUGCCUGGUGUGACCAGUAUUAGUUGUGAUACUCACAAGUAUGGGUUUGCUCCCAAGGGCUCAAGCGUGUUGAUGUAUAGAAAUGCUACUUUGAGAAGCUGUCAAUAUUAUAUAUCAACAGAUUGGUGCGGUGGGUUGUAUGGCUCGCCAACUUUAGCUGGGAGUAGACCAGGUGCACUAGUGGUUGGUUGUUGGUCAACAAUGGUACAUAUGGGUUCGAAGGGUUAUUUAGAAAGUUGUAAAGAAAUAGUUGGUGCUGCUAUGGCAUUGAAAAAAUUUAUCCAACAAGAAAUACCAGCAUUAAAAAUUAAUGGUGAUCCAUUGUGUUCUGUUGUAUCAUUUGCUUUCCAAGAUGAAAAUAAAUACGAUAUUUACGAGUUAAGUGAUAGAUUAAGUAAGAAUGAGCAUUGGCAUAUGAACACAUUACAAAAUCCAGCUGCUAUACAUUUUGCCUUGACUAGAUUGAGUGCACCCAUUGUUGAAACUGAACUCUGUCCUAUUUUGAAAAGGACUGUGGAAGAAUAUGUGAAAGAGGUUGAUAGUAGAAAUGAUGAUUCCGUUGAUAAGAAGCACGGUGCUAACUCGGAUACUAGCGCUUUAUAUGGUGUUGCAGGUAGUGUUAAAACUACUGGUAUUGCAGAUAGAUUAGUAGAAGCAUUUUUAGAUACUUUAUUUCAACCAGCCAGUACUGAUAUCCCUGAUGUCAAUGUUACCAGCACUACAAUUGAGACCGAUGAUAUAAUUAACUAA